AUGGACGUCGUAGCCACAGCCGCAGAUCAUAAUCGUGCCGUUGAUUUUUCUUGGCGUUCAAAAUUUUUAUACGCAGCGACUUGCGUCUACCGCAGCUUUUUGCCGCAUGCUUUAUGGGCCUUAAAGGCUUUUAUUAAAUUGUCCAUAGGUUUGGGUCUAAACCCUAAUCCCAUCUUCUCCUUCAUUUUUCUUCUUCAAUCAGACGCCGGCGACACUAAUAACAUAACCAGAAAACCUAAAGUUCUCCCCCAGAGCUUCGUCUCGAGCCGUCGAAAAUGUCGAAGCGAGCUCAUCAACACAGCUCAUUACACACAAGUAUUAGAUUCUGAUGAUACUGAUCUUCAUUUCCUGAAAACAACAACUGGGCGUGGAGGUACGUCAGGUAACAAAUUCAGGAUGUCACUGGGUCUUCCCGUGGCAGCCACGGUGAACUGUGCAGACAACACAGGAGCUAAGAACCUUUACAUCAUUUCGGUGAAAGGAAUCAAAGGUCGUCUCAAUCGGUUACCUUCUGCUUGUGUUGGUGACAUGGUUAUGGCCACGGUCAAGAAAGGUAAACCGGAUCUCAGGAAAAAGGUUCUUCCUGCUGUGAUUGUUAGGCAGCGUAAGCCAUGGCGGCGAAAGGACGGUGUUUUCAUGUACUUUGAAGACAAUGCGGGAGUGAUUGUGAACCCUAAGGGUGAAAUGAAAGGUUCUGCGAUUACUGGACCGAUCGGGAAAGAGUGUGCGGAUCUCUGGCCAAGGAUUGCAAGUGCUGCUAACGCCAUCGUCUAA